UGGCUUCAGACAGCAGUGAGGAUUUAUUCGAUACAUCUAAACAAACAGAAUUCGAAUGUUGUAGUUUUUAGUUUAGUAAGGGAAUCAAGCAGCAGAUAUUGAUCAGUAGCGACACAAGUGAUAAUUGCAACAGGAGAUGUCACAGAAGAACUAGAUGGCCAAAGCUGAGGCAAAGACUGACAUGGUCACGACAAGUGUUUCUUCCGUGACGUAAACAUCAAAAUGAAGAGGAUUCCUCGGAUGAUGACAACCCCUUUGAUUCAAAUAAUACUACUUUAGCUUGUGGUAAAAUAGUUUUAGGUGCGAAAGGCGUCUACAUCUUCAAAGGAAAGUGAAAGUGGUUUAGCAGAUCAUCCAUCUUUGUGUACAAACGCACAAAAUGUGUGCUUUACUUCAUUUCAAGAUACAGACAACGAACAAUUGUCCACUUUUGCAGCUGAUAGCGAUUGUAGUGAUGAAAGGGAGAUCAAUCCUGCACUUGUGAAUGAAGAAGCCAUGUGUGAAACUUGCAUAUCUUCGCUGAGUAACUCCCGCAGUUCCAGUGGUGAAGAACUUAAUCUGGGUGGCAAUUUGAGUGGAAAUGAUAUUAGUUCAAGUGAAAGUGAUGAGAACUUU